UGCAGGAGUAGAAUGACUGGACGAACGCGGAUUCUGGAAUGGCCUUUUUGGGACAUCCCGGUCUGUUGCGGUAGGGAUCGGCAUUAAGGUUGUAUGACCACGAGAUAUCCUCCGUAAUAGGCUUGACAAUAGUACUGAGCACGAGGGAACCAAAGUACGAUAGACAGGACCGAGCCGAACAAGUGGUUCGAAUUACGAAAAACAGAGAGAAUGAGACACAAACAAAGAGAGGCAGCAGGUGAAGUGGAGUUCCACUGUGCUCCAGUUUCCCUCCGCCCACCCCCCCCCUGGUGGGGAUCAUCACACAGACCAGUUUUCUUGCGCAGGAGGUCGGCGAUAAUCGGCCUGGCGAGACCCGAGCUUUACAUCCGAGUUCAUGGGUAUAGGGAUGGAAUGGAAUGGGAAUGGGGGAACUAGUGCGGUCGGAGUAAGGUGAGAUGAGGAAAGUAAGGUAGCUUUCGGCGAUCUACCACGGAGAACUCCCUCGGAUGUUUUCUACGGCUGGUGUAUCCGAUACUGGGGCCGUGUCGUGCCAUGGGAGGAACAAUUUCAAAUCAGGGACCCAUGGUUGAAGAAUGACAAAUCUAGAUAGGGUUCCUGGAGAGCGCUUUAGCUUUUUUUGUUUCCUUUUGUCUCAGCUUUUUCUUUGUCAUAGAUCCGAACGUUGGGGGAAACUUGGAUCGCCUGUUGAGCCAAGGUUGCAAGGCGGAGCUCGUGAGUCGUCGGGGGGUAGGGCUACCAUGGACUGGACAGAGUGCCAAGGAACGGCCAAGACGAUCAAGAUUUCGUUUCCGGUCUAAGCACUUUGGCUGGUCAGAGAGCGAGCCUUGUGGAGGGUUUCCCACCUUUGACAGGGGCCCC